UCAUUGAAAGUGGGUUAGCGUGCGCGGUAUCGCAACGUGAUUGGACAGUACGGUGUGUGUGGAGCGUAGUGUUAAUUCAUGAUAUUUCUAGAAUAAUAUUUUGACGUAAUGUUGCAGCUACCAACAAUAAAACCUCCCCUGUUUGGGGAUGACUCGUUUUUGCGUUCGAUAGAAUGGUUGGAGAGUUUCCCGAUGAAACAUGAAAAUAGUGUGAAGAAAGAGGAAGAUAGGUUCGAAAUACAUUUGCAAGUGAAAGACUAUGCUCCGGAGGAAAUAUCUGUGAAAACAGCUGACGGAUUUGUUGUUGUUGAAGGGAAACACGAAGAAAAACAAGAUGAUUAUGGUUACAUUGCUCGCCAGUUCAUCAGACGGUUCCAAAUCCCUGAAGGAUGUCGGAUUGAGGAAGUGAAGUCGAGGUUAACUGGGGAUGGUCAGCUGAUCAUCACGAUUCCUCGGCUUAAAGUGAUUAAGAAGGACAUAGUGAUACCUGUAACGCACGAGACCUCAAAAUCCAAGUCUAAACUGUGAUCGUUUUUGUAAUGGACUUUGUUUCUCAUUGACAUUUUGAACUUGAUUGUUUUUUGUUUUCAAGGGACAUGGUUAUAUGUGGUUAUAUACUAUAUAAGUAACUGUAUAUUUGGUUUUGUUCAGCUUUUAUUGAGUUGUGAUAUUAAAUUUACUGAUUUAAAA